AAUAUAAUUUGAGACGUAUCAUACAAUGAUAUAUUUUAGAAUUUAUAGAGAAGAAAAACCACGAAAAAUUCAACACAAACUUAAUUCUUUUGUAAAUAUAAAAAACAGUAUGAUACUCAUUAAAAAGUUAUCUCCUAAUUGCUUCAAGCUAUAAAUUAGGCAAUUCAAUUCAAUUACAGAAUAAUUAAUUAUAACGCAAACGAAUGGUCACUUUGAUUCACGGAUCCGCGCGCCGCCAGAAAUCGCGCGCCGGCCACCAUUUUGAAAACGUCGCGUCCUCUCGGCUCUGUCGCGUGGCGGCGACACUCGCUCGCUUCGGAGCAGUCGAUUUGGAGCAGUGUGUGUUGGCAGGCGUUGUCGCUUGCGCCGACGUAUGUAUAUACGUUGAAACGCUGCGUUCUAUCCGCAUCGCCGCCGCCGCCACCGCCGUCGGUGGCCAAUUGCGGGAUUCCGUUUCGCGUGCGUGUCUCUCGUCUCUCGGCGGUACACGGUGCGUCGUCGUACCUCGAGGAUCGCGUCUUCGCGCGUGGUCGCCUUCACCGCGACUCCACCGUUCCCGUUGGUCGGUCCGUCGCUUGAUAGUCACCAUCGCCAGUUCAACACGAGCGAGCUCGGGACCGCGAUAUCUCUCCUCUCCCCUCCUACGCCGAGGAAAAAGGAGUAAAAGGAGUCGUGUUGGUGUUAUCUCGUGCGUGAACCGCGCGUUCAUGGCGGUCAUCCGCGACCCGUGAAGAAGAUUAUCGGAAUCGCCUGGCACGAAUAAGCGACACACACACACACAAUAUAUAUAUAUAAUAUAUUAUAUACACACACACACACACACACACACACACACACACACACACACACACACACACACACACACACACACACACACACACACACGCAGAUACAUACACACACGUACAUUCACGCAAGUGAACACCUAACCAGCGGACUGCCGAGAGUGCCGAGUGACACACAGUUGAUACGAGCUGCUGUGUUUUGGGUAAAAAAUGUUACCCCGCCGAUUUGCCGCGAUAUACGGCGAGGGCUCGUAGUGAGUAGCCGCGUCAUUCGUUGCCGUCGCCGUCGAACGCCUUGAAUUCCGCGUCCUCCGCCCGGACGUCCCGGCGUAGCUCUCGGUUCUCUCUCUCUCUCUCUCUCUCUUUCUUCGGCGUGACACGUCCCGUCGAGCUUCCCGUUCUCGCGCGCGGACGGCCACGAUCCCUACCUUCUGCACGUCUACGUCGCGCGUCGCUACUCGAAGCGUGAUCAGGCCAUCCAGGUAACGGACGUCGCUACCACGAUAGGAUGAUCAACAUGGAAACGGACAAGAUUAUCGACGACGCGAACGCGAGUCUGCAGUACCCAAUGACGAUACUUUACGAUCCUAGCUGUAAAAAGGAACCAUCUACGGGAGUAUCGACGCAGUACGGACAGGAAAAGGAGAUUUGUAUGAAACUGUUUGAGAGAUGGAGCGAACCAGAGCAAGUGCAGUUUGUCGAACAGCUGUUAGCGCGAAUGUGUCAUUAUCAGCACGGGCACAUCAAUGCGUAUCUCAAACCGAUGCUGCAGAGAGACUUUAUUUCGCUUUUGCCAAAAAAAGGAUUGGACCAUGUGGCAGAAAGUAUUCUUUCAUAUCUUGAUGCGAAGUCACUUGUCUCUGCAGAGCUAGUGUGCAAGGAAUGGCACAGGGUUAUCAGUGAAGGGAUGCUUUGGAAGAAACUGAUCGAGCGAAAGGUUCGAACCGAUUCAGUUUGGAGAGGUCUAGCUGAGAGGAGAGGAUGGAUAAAGUAUCUCUUUAAACCGAAACCGGGCGAAGCACAUCCUAAUCACAACUUCUAUAGAUCCCUUUACCCAAAAAUUGUUAAAGACAUCGAGAGCAUAGAGAAUAACUGGAGAAUGGGCCGAUUCAACCUUCAAAGAAUUAACUGUCGCAGCGAGAAUUCGAAAGGCGUUUAUUGUCUGCAAUAUGACGAUCAAAAAAUAGUUUCCGGGCUUCGAGACAAUACGAUUAAGAUCUGGGACAGAAAUACUCUGCAAUGCAUCAAGGUGUUGACCGGUCAUACAGGUUCUGUGCUUUGUUUGCAAUACGAUGAUAAGGCUAUAAUAUCCGGUUCCUCGGAUAGCACUGUAAGAGUUUGGGACGCUGCUACGGGUGAGAUGGUCAAUACAUUAAUUCAUCAUUGCGAGGCGGUACUGCAUCUCAGAUUUAACAACGGCAUGAUGGUUACUUGUUCAAAGGAUCGUUCAAUAGCAGUCUGGGAUAUGACAUCACAGACAGAAAUCGCAUUGAGAAGAGUAUUAGUGGGGCAUAGAGCAGCAGUGAAUGUGGUUGACUUUGACGAGAAGUAUAUUGUUUCUGCUAGUGGUGAUAGAACUAUCAAAGUAUGGAACACCUCCAAUUGCGAAUUUGUGCGAACAUUGAACGGACAUAAACGCGGCAUAGCAUGUUUGCAAUAUAGGGAUCGCUUAGUAGUUAGUGGUAGUAGUGAUAAUACUAUACGACUGUGGGACAUCGAGUGCGGAGCUUGCUUGCGUGUUCUAGAAGGGCAUGAAGAAUUAGUGAGAUGUAUUCGAUUCGAUAGUAAGCACAUCGUCAGCGGUGCUUAUGAUGGAAAAAUCAAAGUUUGGGAUCUUGUGGCAGCUUUGGAUCCAAGAGCAGUUGCUAGUACACUGUGUUUGCGCACUUUAGUGGAGCACACUGGGCGUGUAUUUCGUCUUCAAUUUGAUGAGUUUCAAAUAGUUUCAUCAUCCCACGAUGAUACAAUUCUAAUUUGGGAUUUUCUUAAUUACAAUCCCUCAAGCGGAAGUGUAUGUAGUGGCCGCUUGCCGAUGGAUGGAGCGCCAAAUCAAACCGAUACUAGAUCUCCUUCCCCAUUUGAGUGACGCAUCAAUACGGAGAUUCCUUUAUUGUGAUAUAAUUACAAGUGGUUAGUGAGUGAAUCCAAUGUGUUCACAACAAUGUGUGCAAACAAUAAAAUAUCCAAUGAGUGUCCAAUGUGAACAACAGUUACAUAUAGAAACAUCUGAAGGAAAAGUUUGGUGGAUCAAUAACUUUGAUUUGAUUGUUUGCUGGAAUAGCAAACGAAAUUCUUCAACAAAUAGGAAAGUAAAACGGACUGACUUGCGCGAAACUAUAAAUUAUAAUUUAUAUAUGCGCUUGACGCACCGCGUUUAGGAACAGUAUGUUUAAAGCUGCAUAAAUACAUCCCAUGGAUGUAAACGAUUGCUGUCGUUUGCUUUGGCCAUAUCUGGAAUUCUUCUACGCUCUAUGACAUGAUAGAAGUCAAGACCAUUUCCUUACGGUAAAAAAGAAUAAAAAGACUUAGAAUACGUAGUGAACGUUUUUAGGGAGGCUGGAUAUUACACUUAAUAAGACAUUAGAUGUACUAUAGUAAAGGAAAUUAAUGAUUUUUUUAUAUAAUUAAUUUAUGCGAUAAAAAAAUGUAAAAUGUUUGAUUGGAGUACUUAUCUUGUGUGAAUGUGUAAAAAAAUUACAUGGGAGAAUGCACUAUCUUUUAAAAAUAACUCGUAAAGCUAUUUACCCAUGUUUAAAAUCAUGGAAAAGAAUUAUUGAUCGAGCGUAUAAUAGGUUUUUGUAGAUACACACUCAAAUUUUGUGAAAUUUAUUUAAAAAGCAAGUGAAGAGCCAACAACCUCUGCACAGCCAACAUUUGGUAUGAUCCAUUUGCAUUUAAAGUAUAAAAAUUAUUACAUCAGAAUGUAUAUAUAAAUAUUAUCAUUAUUAUUAUAUUCAACUGAACAAAUAUAGUGUGUGAUAAAAUAAUCUUUUAACUCUUGUAAAAAAGGAAAAGAAACGCUAUUAUUAUAGAUCUUGACUAU